CUGGUGGCAGUCAGUUUGAAAGAGACAGCGAGAGGCAGCAAAAGUGUGUUACAAGUUUUUCGCACACCCGAAAUAUUCCAAAUAAAUUAGAAUUAAUGCAAAUUUAAAACAGAGUGCAAGUGCUAAUCAUUGUGCAACGGGUAAUUGUGAUGUUAAUGUGGGCUUGCCAAUAAGCAAAAGCUAUCAGAAAAGAACUGAAAACCAGCGAAAAGAGCAAAACGGGUGAAGAAGAGGGUGGCCUCUCUCUGUGUGCUCUCUGCCCUGCUCAGCUCGUGUGUGCAAGUGUUGUGUGUAUACGCUGGCGCUGGAAACUAGGCGGUGGUAAAAUUGUGCUAAUUUAAUUGUAAUUUUAAGCAGUUGUAAAUACAAAAUAUAUAUAAAUAAAAGAAAGUCCUCUCCGCCUGCAAAACAACCUUUAACUUUAAUUGACAACUGACAAGUGCUGCCAAAGCAACAAAAAAAAAAGAAAACAACAACAAAUAAGCAGAAACCACAACAACUAGUAAAAGUCUAAACAAAAUGGGCUGCACUACAUCAGCUGAAGAGCGCGCUGCCAUACAACGUUCCAAACAAAUCGAGAAGAAUCUGAAAGAGGAUGGCAUUCAAGCGGCAAAGGACAUUAAACUUUUGCUACUCGGCGCCGGUGAAUCGGGCAAAAGCACAAUAGUCAAACAAAUGAAAAUCAUUCACGAGAGCGGGUUCACUGCUGAGGACUUUAAACAAUAUCGACCGGUUGUCUACAGCAACACAAUACAAUCAUUAGUUGCAAUAUUGCGAGCCAUGCCAAAUCUUAGUAUUCAGUAUAGCAAUAACGAACGGGAGAGCGAUGCAAAAAUGGUAUUCGAUGUUUGUCAGAGAAUGCAUGAUACCGAACCAUUCUCAGAGGAGCUGCUGGCCGCCAUGAAACGACUUUGGCUCGAUGCCGGCGUUCAGGAAUGCUUCUCGCGCAGCAACGAAUAUCAAUUGAAUGAUUCCGCUAAAUAUUUCCUGGAUGAUUUGGAUCGGUUAGGCGCCAAGGAUUACCAACCAACCGAGCAGGAUAUCUUGCGCACCCGAGUCAAGACCACCGGCAUUGUGGAGGUUCAUUUCUCCUUCAAAAAUCUCAACUUCAAACUGUUUGAUGUGGGCGGCCAGCGAUCUGAGCGUAAAAAAUGGAUACAUUGCUUUGAGGAUGUAACGGCGAUUAUAUUCUGCGUGGCCAUGUCUGAAUACGAUCAGGUUUUGCAUGAGGACGAAACUACGAACCGCAUGCAAGAAUCGUUGAAGUUGUUUGAUUCCAUUUGCAACAACAAAUGGUUUACGGAUACCUCGAUUAUAUUGUUCCUGAACAAAAAGGAUCUGUUCGAGGAGAAGAUACGCAAGAGUCCGCUGACAAUUUGCUUUCCAGAAUACACAGGUGGCCAGGAGUAUGGCGAGGCGGCUGCUUAUAUACAGGCUCAAUUUGAAGCGAAAAACAAAUCAACCUCGAAAGAAAUUUACUGCCACAUGACGUGCGCCACAGAUACCAACAACAUACAGUUUGUAUUCGAUGCUGUCACCGAUGUCAUCAUUGCAAACAAUCUGCGCGGAUGUGGACUGUACUAAGCGGUUGGCGGUUGGCGGGGCAAAACGGGAACCGUUACGGUAUUAAAAAACAAAAACAAAACAGAUAAAGAGAGCGCGGGAGCACAACAACCCACCAGCAUUGAUCAAAAUAACAACAAGCCAGAGCAAAUGAUGAUAGAACCAAGCAACAUACACAACAGAAACAACACACACACUCACACAUACACACAUACACAUACGAAAGCAAAAGCAUAGCCCAAAGAACUUUUAUUUCUUUGUAUGAGAAAUAUUGUGCUUGAAGAGAAUGUUAAGAUCAGAGAAAUUAGUUGAAACAAAGAGCUGGACAAAACCAGAGGAAACGUUUUGAAAACUCGCACAUAUUGAAAAGCAUUUCCUAAAUUUGCAUUACAUUUGCAUCAUGCAAGCUACAUGUAUGACAUGAAACGCACACACAGUCAAAUACACACAAACACAUACACAACACACAUACGCACACAUUGAAACGCAAGCAUUAAUGCAUAAUAUGUAGUUGUUGUUUGGUCUGAAUAAUUUUAUAGAAUUUCAUAAUUUAUGUGUAGUUUAGUUUCUCGUGUAUUUAUUAAAACAAAAAACAAAAACAAGACAAAAACAAAAACAAAACCAAAACAAAAGUGAAACGAACAAGAAAACGAACCCUAAAGUAAAACAAAUUGAAAGAAAUUAUAAAGAUGAGAUAAUUGAGAAGAGAACAAAGUGUAUAUGUAUACUUAUAUAAAGCAUAUAUACCGCAUAUAAGUAUAUAAAUAUUAUAUUAUAUAUAUAUAUUAAAUGUUUCCUGUUGCAAUCUCUUUGAAAUUAUUCAUGCCAUCAACGCUGCAUUUCUCAUGCUUGUUUAGGUUUAAGUUCAAAGUUUACAAACUCUGCGCAAAUUACAUUUAAACAAUCGUCAGCAAACAACAAUCCACAAACAAAACAUCCCCUGGAUAAAUGAAAUUAGCAGAAAGCAAAGUAAAUAUAAAAAAAAAAGGAAAACAAACGGAAAAGGAAAAGAUAAAGAAAACAAAUUAAAACUUAAUGCAUAACGUAAUGAUAAAGCAAAUGAAGAAACCAAAAACAAAGAAAUUAAUACGAAACAAAACUUAAAACUCUAAUUAUUAAGGCCUAAAUUAAUUGAUAAACAAUCGAUAAACCGGUCUACAAAAAAAUAUAAAAAAAACUCUCUAAACUAUUUGUAUUACCUAAAAAUAUGAAAAUUGCAAAUCGAAAUUGUGAAUUUUGAAUCAGCCAGCCAUAAUUCGAUUGAUUAGAGAUCGAUGUAAAUUGUAAUUUGUUGAAUUUGCGUGUGUAUAGAAGGAUAUAUAGAACAGAGCUAGCUGACUGUGCGAUGAUAAUGACGAUAAAGCUACAAAUUGCACAAAAAACACCACAGAUAUCACGCACAAAACAUUAAACAUAAACAAAACACAUACAUACAUACACACACACACAUAACUAACUAUAAUUUUUUGUACACUAAUUUAUUGUAAUUACUAUAAUUUUGUUGCAUUUAUAAAGCCACAUACGAAUGUAGUUUGAAUCCAACAACCUAAACCAAACAAUCUCGCAAUAGAAAAACUGAACAGAUAAAUCUCAAAAAAGAUUCACAGAUAUAAAGAGAGGAACAGUUCAUUGUAAAACACAUUGUAUGUAAUAUUUAUAAAGCAUAUACAAUACACUAUAUACUAUAUACGAGUAUACAUAAUAAUAAUAUUAAUAAUAAUAAUAAUAAUAUUAAUUGUAACAUUUAUUGUAUUUAGUGAAUGGCAUUUAACACUGUGCGUUGCAGCUGUUAAUUUUGUUUAGACUUAUUUAUACUUAUGUAUUUAUGUAUGAGUAUGCUUGUGCAUUUCUUUAUUGUAUCUAUGAUUGAUUGUGCAUUUUGAUUUUACACAAUAAUAAUGGAACUUAUAGUUGUUAUUUUAUAGUAUUUUUGUAUAUUAUACAACAGCUCUCUCUCUCUCUCUCUCUCUCUCUCUCUCUCGUUUUCACUAUCUCCAUUUGUCUGUCCCACAGUGAAUCUUUUUUUGCUCCUGCUCCAUUUAUGUUUUAUAGUUUUUAAGCUUUAUUUAUGUAAACAUGCAACACACAACUUAAACAAACAAACACACACACACAUACACACACAAAAACAACAACUUAGUAAGUUUAUUAGCAAAAUAAAUAUCAUUUAACGAUUUAACCAAUUUUGAACAAUUUGCUUAUAGAGAGAUUGUUUCAAUUCAAUUCUUGGACAUAAUCCAGUGUGUAACUAUGCAAAAGUUGUUGAACAACACAUCUUUUGUCUGCGAGAUACGAGAUACUUUUGUAGUUGAAUGCCAUAUUAUGAGCAGUUUUCUAAGCAUACGCAAUACAAUUUGA